AUGAGAAAAUUUCCCGUAGAAGCGCUUAGGCGGAAAACGGCGGGCGCUGAGGCGAGCGUGGCGCAGGAAGCGGCGCUGAGGCGGGUCGAGGCGGUGCGGGACAGUAGGAUGGCAACGGGUGAGACCAAUGUGGCAAUAGAGGCAACAACAACAGAGGCAACAGCAACAGAGGCAACAACAACAAAUUCAGUUGUUCUCAAGCGAAAUUCAGAUGAUGUAGGAUGGAAGUAUGAGGCGCUAGUUGAUCCUCUGAACAAGGAGAAGGUCCGGUGCUUGUUUUGUGGCCAUACUAGCUCAGGAUGGAUUUACCGUCUGAAACAACAUGUAGCACAUGUUGGGACUUCGGUGGUUAAGUGUACGAAACAAACAGAGGAGGCUAAAACAGCAUGUAAGAAGUCACUUGAGGAGGCAACAAGGAAGAGAAAGGAGAAAACUGCUCGUGAUCUAAAUCUGAGAGAAGAAGUGAAUGUUUCUAGAGUUGGAGAGCAGGAGCAGGAUGGGGUAACUUGUGUUGGAAGCCAAGUUGCAAGCUCGGAGCCUCACAAAUUAGGCUCGAUUGAUAAGUGGAAAAGGGCAAUUGAUCCUAAAGCUACACAGGCUGAAUCUUUAAAGCAACAAAAGAUUAACAAGGAACUUUGGAAGCAAAGAACACAUGAGGUUCAGCAAUACAUUGCAAGAUGGAUGUAUAUACAUGCGAUACCAUUCAGCACCGUCAACAAUGAUGAAUUCAUGCAAAUGUGUGAAGCUAUCGGGCAAUUUGGCCCUGGUUUGCAGCCACCUUCUCAAGACCACCUAAGGGAAGUUCUUUUGAGUGAGGAAUAUGAAAGAACCAAGAGUUUGGUUAAGGAACAUGAUGCUGAAAAGAUAAACAAUGGUUGUUCAAUCAUGACAGAUGCUUGGUCUGAUAGGAAAAGGAGAAGUAUAAUGAAUAUAGUCACAAAUUGUUCUGCUGGCACUACUUUCUUGGGCUCAAAGGAGAUGCCAGAUGUGUCACAUACAGCUGAAGUAAUUUUUGAAUUAGUGGACAAAGCCAUUGAAGAAGUAGGUGAGGAGGAAGUGGUCCAGGUGGUGACAAACAAUGCUUCUAACAACAUGGUUGCCAAAAACCUUUUGUUUGCCAAAAGGCCAAGCAUAUUCUGGACUUCUUGUGGUUCUCAUACAAUCAAUUUGAUGCUGCAAGGAAUUCGGAACCUAUCAAGGUUCAAGAAAGUUCUUGACCAAGCAAAGGCAUUCACUAUAUUUGUCUAUGGCCACACAUUAACCUUGGAAUGUAUGAGGUCCUUCACAAAUGGUAGAGAAAUUGUAAGGCCAGGUAUGACCAGAUUUGCAUCUGCUUUCCUUACAUUGACCAGCAUUUUGGAGAAGAAAGAUGACCUAAGAAAAAUGGUUGUGCACAGCAAGUGGGACAACUUGAGAGGUGUGAAGUCCAAAAAAGGAAAAUCUGCAACAGCAACAAUGAUGAGUCCACAAUUCUGGAAAGAUUUGAAGAUGUGCUUAAGUAUUUUUGAACCUCUUGUAAAAGUGCUUCGUUUGGUUGAUGGAGAUGUGAAGCCUACUAUGGGCUUCCUGUACGGAGAAUUAACCAAGGCAAAGAGAGAGAUAAAGCAAUGCUAUGGGAACAUAGAGGCUCGGUACAGAGAUGUCAUGUCUAUUGUAGACAAGAAGAUGAAAGGGAGACUUGAUUCUCCGAUACACUUAGCUGCAUAUGUGCUGAAUCCAUACUAUAGUUAUGCUGAUACGUCACUCUUUGAAGAUGGCACAGUGAUAGAAGGGUUUAUGAAAUAUGUUGAGACCUUCUAUCAUGCUGAUGAGGACAUGCAAGAUAAGGUUGCCAACUAUGAACUUAGGAUAUUUCAAACCAGGGAAGGUUCAUUUUCUAAGAAGCUAGCUAGGACUUAUCAAAACUUUGAUUAUAACCCAGCAUCUUGGUGGAGAUUGUAUGGGACUCAAACACCCGGUUUACAAAGGAUGGCUAUUAGAAUCUCGUCUUUAACUUCAAGUUCUUCUGGUUGUGAAAGAAAUUGGAGCACUUUUGAAAUGAUGCCUGGCACAAAUAUUCCGUGGUCUGUUAUUGGAGAAGCAAUGGGAGUGGAUGAACAACUUGAGAGGCGUCAAAGUGCAAGAGUGAGAGAGCUUUAUGCAAGAGAGGAAUUUGAGUCUGAAGAAGAGGAGUUUGAGGAACAUGAUGACUACAUGGAUGAAGAAUGA